AUGCCUAUCGUCUUCUGCCCAUUCUGCGCCAACCUCCUCAUCCUCUCCCGAGCGGACACGGGUGGCAACAGGCUCGAGUGCAGAACCUGUCCUUACGAACACCCCAUCGACAAGCCCAUCUACUCCCGCAAGAACUUCCCGCGCAAGGAGAAGGAAGACGUGUUUGGUGGGCCAGGCGCUUGGGACAAUGCACAAAAGGGCAAGGUCCAGUGUGACAGCGGGACUUGCAAUGGCAACGAGGCAGCCUUCUUCCAGGUUCAGAUUCGUAGUGCUGAUGAACCGAUGACAACGUUCUACAAGUGUAUGACUUGCGGGCACAGGUGGAGAGACAACAACUAGAAGAAGAAGAAGAAGACAUGUUCAGCACAGGUCUGGUCGGAUCAUCAAUACAUGGUAUUGGGGGCAUUGCUUGGCGUUGGGUUUUUCUUUUGUUUUUGUGUUGUUGCAUGUGAGGUAUUCUUCAUCAGAAUCAACUUGUGCGGUACUGGCCUGCCAAAGGUUACUUCCCACUCGUUUCCAU